UGGAAAUUUGAUACUAAGAAAGAGCCAUAUAUUCAAAAUGAGCAUUUCUCUAGGAUAUGAUCCCAAGUCGAAGGCCAUUAGUGUGGGAGAAGACUCUGUGGGAGACGAAAGUUUAGCUCUUGAAGUCAAACAGUUGAAUACUUUAACCCAGGAAUUGAUAGCGGCAGGAAGCGAUGUUCCUCCGCAGCCUUCACCGCAGACUUUCAACAAGGAUAUGAGUAUGAUGAUCAAGAAAAUGUACGAAUCUGGAGUUCAAUCAUUUAAGCAGGGAAAAUUCGCUGAAUCUGCCAAACAGUUUUCUAUUGGAUUAGAGAUGAUUUCGAGAAGACAAAAGUUUGAGUCUUUCCAGGGAACACUCCAGGAGCUUAAUUUGUUUCUCAUGAGCAGAGCUGAUGCUUACUUGAAGACCAAAGAGUACUUGAAGGCAUUCAGUGAUGCUGAUAUGUUGAUUGGAAUGAUGAUGUGCACACCAGAAAACUUCUUGAGAAGAGGUGUGGCCAACUACUUUCUUGGAAACUACGAGGCCGCCAGGGCUGACUACCAGAGGGGAUUGGCUUUUGGUGAGAACAACCAGAGACUCCAGGCUGAGUUGGAUAUUGUGUUGGAUAAGAUUCUUGAAGAGAAUGGAGAUUAUUUGGAGAACGAGAAGCUCUGAAUGAGAGUAAAAGCAAGUAGAAUGAAACAGCAUAGAAUACGUGUUAAUGUACAAAUAUGACAAGUAGGUGUAAAUACUAGAGUGGAAUGUUUUAGUGAGUUGGUAA